UCUGAGUAGGCAUCUACUCAUCUGAACUGAAUCGGUGUCAUCAUCCAACAAUAGUGGGGAGCUCACACUUUCCCGCCGAAAGACGCGGUCGUCCCUACAAACCCCUGAAAAUGCAUAUUCUUCAGGCUUCAAAUACAGCUGCUCUAUAAAUAUACGCACAUCCUUCAGGCUUCAAGUACCCCCACAAACAGCACACUGUACCCCCACCAAAAGUUAGUCAAUCUCGGCGUUUCAAUCCGGUAAUGGCCGGCCGCACCAUCCACCGCCCAAAACACCUCCUGCGCAGCCUCCCCCUCCUCUCCCGCCGCCCCAAUUCCACCGCCUCGCCCUUUUUCACCCCCGCCGGCCACCAGCUGAACGUCGCCGAGACGGCCCCCUACCCGAAGCCCACCAAGCCGGCUCCAGCCGCCGGGACACCCGUCAACCUCGACGAUGCGAAGGAGCUGUUCUCGUCCGUCUCGACCGGGAAGCUGAUCAAGUCGAUCGUGACCCUCCAAGCGGCGUCGAUGAAGGGCGUGGUCGAGCUGGGGUCGACGGUCGUGAAUUCGCGGCUGAUGAAGAGCCCGAUCUCGAGGAAGAUGCUGCUGGAGUCGAUCGAGCACACGUUCUACGAUCAUUUCUGCGGGGGGAAGGAUUUGGGGGAGGCGGAUCGGAUCGUGAAGAGACUCUGGGAUUCGGGGCUCAUGGCUAUGCUGGAUUACGGGCUGGAGCACGCGACUGAUAACGGGGCGUGCGAUCGAAAUUUGGAUGAGUUUGUUCAGACGAUUGAGUCAGCUAAACAUUUGGGAGCUUCCCCUCAAUGCCUUUUUUUGGCAAGUCAUGGCUUGCAUAAGACUUUACACAGGCUGUGGAAAAAUCCCCCUCAAUCUCAAUGUAAAAUGGCAGCUGCUAAGGCAGUUGAUUUGGGAAUCAAGAGGGAGAACAAUAAUCUUCAAUUUGCACAGCUAUAUGGAAUGGCGGAAGCACUUUCGUUUGGUUUUAAGGUUAGCAAAUAUUUGCCGUUUGGGCCAGUAGAGCAGGUCAUACCGUAUCUUCUUCGGCGAGCUGAAGAGAACAAAGGUCUCUUGUCUACUUCAUCCCUCGACAGGCAACUCAUGAGGACCCACAAACAGCACACUGUACUACCACCAAAAGUUAGUCAAUCUCGGCGUUUCAAUCCGGUAAUGGCCGGCCGCACCAUCCACCGCCCAAAACACCUCCUGCGCAGCCUCCCCCUCCUCUCCCGCCGCCCCAAUUCCACCGCCUCGCCCUUUUUCACCCCCGCCGGCCACCAGUUGAACCUCGCCGAGACGACCCCCGAUCCGAAGCCCACCAAGCCGGCUCCGGCCGCCGGGACACCCGUCAACCUCGACGACGCCAAGGAGCUGUUCUCGUCCGUCUCUACCGGGAAGCUGAUCAAGUCGAUCGUGACCCUCCAAGCGGCGUCGAUGAAGGGCGUGGUCGAGCUGGGGUCGACGGUCGUGAAUUCGCGGCUGAUGAAGAGCCCGAUCUCGAGGAAGAUGCUGCUGGAGUCAAUCGAGCACACGUUCUACGAUCAUUUCUGCGGGGGGAAGGAUUUGGGGGAGGCGGAUCGGAUCGUGAAGAGGCUCUGGGAUUCGGGGCUCAUGGCUAUGCUGGAUUACGGGCUGGAGCACGCGACUGAUAACGGGGCGUGCGAUCGAAAUUUGGAUGAGUUUGUUCAGACGAUUGAGUCGGCUAAGCAUUUGGGAGCUUCCCCUGUCAGUUUUGUAGUAAUCAAGAUUACCGCCAUCUGUCCUCCGCGUUUGCUCAACAGAAUAAGCGAUUUCCUGAGAUGGGCCCACAAGGACAAGUCCCUGCAACUCCCAUGGAAGCUCGAAACCUUACCCAUAUUUGCCGAAUCCAGCCCUCUUUACCACACCCUGAAAAAACCCGACCCGUUAACCCUGGAUGAAGAGCAUGACCUCGAGCUGGCCUAUGGCCGGCUAAUGAAAAUCUGCAAACACAGUUGGGAGGGAAAAGUGCCGGUCGUGAUCGAUGCCGAGGACACCUCGAUCCAGCCAGCAAUCGAUUACUUUACUUACUCGGCUGCCAUUAAAUACCGUUCGGAUGAAAACCCGCUGAUUUUCAAUACGAUCCAGGCUUACUUGAGGGAUGCUCGAGACAGAAUGGUGAUGGCAAAACGGGCUGCGGACUCAAUGGGAGUGCCUGUAGGGUUCAAGCUGGUCCGUGGGGCCUACAUGACGAGCGAGAGGCGAUUGGCUUCCAUGCUUGGAGUGAGGUCACCCAUACACGACACGAUCGAGGAUACUCACGCGUGUUUCGAUGAAUGUGCGGCUUUUAUGCUGGAGGAGAUUGCUCGGGGGUCGGGUUCGGUUGUGCUUGCCACUCAUAAUCUCGAAUCUGGUAAAAUGGCGGCUGCUAAGGCAGUUGAUUUGGGAAUCAAAAGGGAGAACAAUAAUCUUCAAUUCGCUCAGCUAUAUGGAAUGGCGGAAGCACUUUCGUUUGGUCUGAAAAACGCAGGUUUUAAGGUUAGCAAAUAUUUGCCGUUUGGGCCAGUUGAGCAGGUCAUACCUUAUCUUCUUCGGCGAGCUGAAGAGAACAAAGGUCUCUUGUCUACUUCAUCUCUCGACAGGCAACUCAUGAGGAAGGAGAUCUUAAGGAGAAUUAAAUCAUAAAUCAAAUAAGGAAUCUUGGAGGAAAAGAAAGUAUCCAGUUUCAGUCAAUGCAAAUACUCUUUAAGAGUUGGAAAAUGCAGAAAUUGUAUGUGGGUCUAAAAGACAAUGAGAUUUUGUUGUCUCAAGAAGUCCCAUUAGUUAAGCCAUAUUGAUUAGGUAAUUGUCAAGAUUCUUUCAGCCCAUCAGGGAAUUUUGUUUGAGGCAUUGUUAAGUUUGAUGCAAAUUGUCUGUUUCAAUUUUGCAAGUGUGUUCUUUGGAUUCUUUGAAUGAGUUUAGCAAUUUUAAAUGGAAAAUAUAACUAUUUC